GGGAGAGAGAGAACGAGAGAGAGAGAGAGAGCGCGAGAGGGAGAAACAACCCGCGAGGUGCCGAGAGAACCCAACUUCGGGAUUUUUCCUUUUCUUUUUUGACUUUUUUUGUUUUUUUGUUUUUUUUUUGUUUUGUUUUUUUUUUCCUUCCUUUCUUUAAUCCGAACGCCUCGAGGAGACGCAGGGAGAGACCAUGCCUGGCGCCGGCCGGGGCUGCGGAGAAAGGGCAGCGGAGGGGAGCUGCCUGAACGGGGCACCGAGCGCUCCGGCGGCGGAGCAACUUUGAGAAAUGCAGCGUCGCCGCCAGCAGCAUCACCGCGGGAAGUUUGCUCCGGACGCCGGCGAAACUUGCGAAUAAAAGAGCGAACCGACAGCGAGGAGGAGAGGAGAGCCGGAGAGAGAGGACGAGAGAUCCCCCCCCCCCCCGCGUCCCCCCCCCCUCCUCCCGCUCCGCGCCGGGAGGAGGAAGAGGAGGAAAAGUUUCGCUCGGAGCGGGGAAGGCUGCGCGGCGGAGAUGUACUCCUAGGGGAGCGCCGGGGCGAAGCGCGGGGGCUCGCCGGUCCCCCCCCCCCCCCCUCCCGGCCGCUUUUUAGCCUUUGUUUGGUUUCCUCCCCGCGAGCGGCGGCAAAGUCGGGCGAGAAGAAGGCGGAGGAGAGAAAAGCGCGAAUCUCCUUUUAUUUUAUUUUUUUUUUCCCCCCCGGAAAACGAGAGAGAAAAGCCAAAAAAAAAAAAAACCCACCAACAAAAAAAACCCGACACCGACAAAAAACAACCACCGCCGAGGACCCCACCGUCAUCGCCCCGGCGGCACCGAGCGGCGGCAGGCGAGCGGUCCCGGCGCUCGCCCAGCGCAGGACGGCCGGCGGACGGGCGGAGCGGAGCGCGGCGCGGCGCUAGCAGGUGAACCCCGCGCCCGGCGCCCCGGCGACGCUGGGAAGGCGGCGGCGGCGGCGGCGCGGGCGGCGGCCCCGGCAGCGGCCCCGGCAGCGCCGGGCAAGGGCGCUCGCGGCGGCGGCGCGGCGGCGGCGGCGGCGGCGGCGGCGCGGCGGGGGCGAGCGGCGGGCGGCGGGCGCGGGAUGGCCGCGGCCACCUCCAACCCCUACCUCCCCGGCAACGGCAUCCUGGCGGCCGGCUCCAUCGUCCACGCCGACUCGGGCGGCGGCGGCGGCGGCGGCGGCGGCGGCGGGGGCAUGCAGCCGGGCGGCGUGGCCGUCACCUCGGUGGCGGGCGGCUACCGCGGCGACCCGGCGGCCAAGAUGGUCCAGAGCGACUUCAUGCCGGGCGCCAUGGCCGCCAGCAACGGCGGCCAUAUGCUGAGCCAUGCCCACCAGUGGGUGACGGCCCUGCCCCACGCCGCCGCCGCCGCCGCCGCCGCCGCCGCCGCCGCCGCCGAAGCGGGCUCGCCCUGGUCCGGCAGCCCCGUGGGCAUGACGGGCAGCCCCCAGCAGCCGCCGCCGCCGCCGCCGCCCGACGUGAAGGGCGGCGGCGGGCGCGAGGAGCUGCACGCGGGCGCGGCGCUGCACCACCGGCCGCCCCACCUGGGCCCCCCGCACCAGGGGCACCCCGCGGCCUGGGGCGCGGCGGCGGCGGCCGCCCACCUGCCCGCCAUGGCCGGCGGGCAGCAGCAGCAGCAGUCGCUCCUCUACUCGCAGCCCGGGGGCUUCACGGUGAACGGCAUGCUGAGCCCCGCGGGCGGCGGGCAGAGCCUGGUGCACCCCGGGCUGGUGCGCGGCGGCGAGACGGCGGAGCUGGGCGAGCACCCCGGGCACCACCACCACCACCACCACCCGCACCCCGGGCACCACGCGCCGCACCACGGCGCCGUCAACAGCCACGAGGCGCACUCGGACGAGGACACGCCGACCUCGGACGACCUGGAGCAGUUCGCCAAGCAGUUCAAGCAGCGGCGGAUUAAGCUGGGCUUCACGCAGGCCGACGUGGGGCUGGCGCUGGGCACCCUGUACGGCAACGUCUUCUCGCAGACCACCAUCUGCCGCUUCGAGGCCCUGCAGCUCAGCUUCAAGAACAUGUGCAAGCUGAAGCCUUUGUUGAACAAGUGGCUGGAGGAAGCCGACUCCUCCACCGGCAGCCCCACCAGCAUCGACAAGAUCGCGGCGCAGGGCAGGAAGAGGAAGAAGCGGACCUCCAUCGAGAAAGAGAAACGCAUGACCCCGCCGGGGAUCCAGCAGCAGACCCCCGACGAUGUGUACUCGCAGGUCGGCGCCGUCAGCUCCGACACGCCGCCCCCUCACCACGGACUGCAGAGCGGCGUGCAGUGAGCGGGGCUCCGCGGGGCCGGGCCGGGAGAGCUCCGGCGGCGGAGGCGGCGGCGGCGGCGGCGGCGGCGGCGCCGCGCUCACACACACGGACACGGACACUCACACUCACACGCACGCACGCACGCACUCACACACACACACGCGCGCGCGGUCCGGGCUCGCUCGGGCCGCCCGUGUCGGUAUAUGUACGGAUAGAGGCGGGCGCCCGGAUCUAUCUGUCUAUACGGGAUCGAUAGCGAGAGGGAGCGCCGGGGAAGGUCGAGCCGAGCGAGAAGCGUUUCCGCUGCGUCGGGAGAACGGGCUGGAGACGCGUAAUGCACCAAAACUGCAGAUGUGCCGGGGGCUGCUGUGGGAAGAGGGCUCGGCCGGGUGGGUUCUGCCUUGGGUUUCUGUUCGGGUUUUUGCUUUUCGCCCCCCCUCCCUCCCCCCUCCCCCGUGAGCCCCUCUCGCAGCGGUGGGGUCUGCGCCUCUCCCCUCCUCCCCCCCGUGCUCUCCCCUAUCCCCAAAGGGCUCUUCUCUCCAUCACGGAAACUUUUUUUUUCCCCCCCUCUCCUUUUCCUCUCCCCCUUCCCUCCCUUUUAUUUUUUUUUCCUCCCCUUUAUUUAUUUGCUUUCUUUUCAAUUUCUUUUUGUUUUUUGUUUUUUUUUUUAAUUUCGGUUUUUCUCAAUGGGAGCGAUCCAAACAAACAAAAAGGGAAGCAGAAGCAAAGCGAUGCGAUCGAUCAGAGGGGGCCUGCUGCGUGCCAGCACCUCCGCUUUUCUUGGCCAAACCGUAGGAUUUUGGUGCAAGGCAGACAUCCACUCUGAGAACGCAGAUAUCCAUAGAGAGAUACACUCUGCAAAAACGAGAAGGGCCACUUUGUUUUGGUUUCUUUUUUCCAGGAAGAAAAUAAUAAUAAUAAUAAUAAUAAUAAUAAUGAAAAUAUGCACACAGCACUAAAAGAAACAAGCAGACUGCGUAGGGAGGCAAAUACAUAUAUAUAUAUUUAUCUAUAUAUAUAGGUAUAGCUAUAGAACAAAACUAUGGGAAUACAUGCCCGCACAGCGAACACUGACCCUGAGGAGAGAGGGGAGGGAGGGAGGGGAAGGGGGGGGGGACAGACAGAAACCGGGGGGGGGGGAGUGGAGAGGCCGCUGGUCCCUAAAGUUGGAGCUCCGUAGAAGGACUGCGCUGAAUUAAGGGAGCAGCGAGAGGAAGGGAAACCGUUCGGGGCUGUCAGAGUCCCGCUGCUGAUGGCUGCCAAUCAUCACGGAAGAGUCAUUAAAAAAAAGAAAAAAAAACAGAACAAAACAAAACAAAAAAAAAUUAAAAAAAAAAUCCACUGCUAAUAUUUUUUUUAUUAAUAUUUUUAUUUUUUAUUUCUGGACUGAUUCAGAUAAAGGGAUUUAGAAGGACUGAGCAUCUGCAGCUGCACUUAUCUGAACUUCUCCUCUCCUAAAUCCGUUGCCAACUUUGAUUGAAUGGGUGCUGUGGAUGUGAUUAUAUAAUACUGCCAUUUCCAAGCAGUGUUUUUGGUAGGUUUUAAUAAACAGACUUUUCAAAAAGACGGCAAUAUAGAAUUGUUAGAUCCGUUGUUGAUCUAAAAAAAAAAAAAAAAAAAAAAAAAUUUGCUUUAUAUUUUCAUUAAAUGACUUCUUUUAAUAUUUUAUUCAGAAUACCUAUGAACUGCUGCAAAACGGUAAUUUAUUUUUUCCCCAGAUCUUGUAUUACGUGUUUUUUUCAGACGAGCACAAAUCAAAAUGAAAUGAAACUAUGGACAGUUGUUAGGUAAUAAGGGUAUCUUUUGAUGUGAUAAUUUGAUUGUAAUUUAAUUUGAGUAGUGAUUCCGUAAGAGCCGAUUGAGAAAAUAAAUUUGUUAGAAUGAA